GAUAGAUACAUCAGGUAGCGCAACAAUAAUCAGAAAUAGCGUUGACAUGGCCGUGGCGGCAGAGUCGGUCGCAGCUAACACGCCACCGUCAUCAGCUGCCGGCGGUGGCAGAGGAAUGGUGAUGGUGGUGGGCCCGGAGGACUGUUCUCCAUAUCCCAUGGAGCUGGCAAUGAAAAGGAAGGUUUUCUCCAGGUCCGAAAAGCUAGCUUUCACUGGUGUCAGCGGCAACAUCCUCUUUCGAGUUCAGUCCUUAGGAUUUAGUAGGAGGAAGCUGAGAAUCGUCGAUGCUGCCGGAGUUCCUAUUCUCACUCUCAAGCACAAGGCAUGGAGUUGGAGGGGAAGAUGGCAAGUAUUUAGGGGGGAAGGCAACCAUCUAAUCUGUAGUGUGAGGAGCAGCGCUUCUGCGUUUUUCCAAACGAAAAAGAAAGUGUAUUUGGCAAACAACACCACCGAAAAUGUUUGUGAUUUCCAGAUUCAAAGAUGGUGCCUUGAAGACUCUUAUGUCGUUUAUGCUGGUGAAUCCAAAACAACUGCUGUCGCCGAGACUCACGAGCCUCCGCCGGGAUUUUUCUCUUUGGGAAAAGGUAAGUACACAGUGUCGAUUCAACCGAAUAUCGGCCACGCUUUCAUCGUCGCGCUCACAGUCAUUCUCGACGCUAUGAAGUCCAGUGGUGGGGGAGGGGGUGGUGGUGAUUUCGGUGGUGGUGGUGACUAAUUUACAUCUUAAAUUUGUUGGUGGAUGUGGUGCAAUAUGUAACGCUUCAAAUUAUUGUAACAUUUUAUGUGUGAAGUUAAGAAUUAUCCAUAUCUAUAGUACUUAGUCAACUAUAUGUAAGACUAAACAGGAUUAAGUAGCGUAUAUGGAUGGACUAAGCAGGAUUAGUUAUUAGUCAACUAUAGUUGUUGUAACAAAAGUCACAUUUUAUCUUACUCACCACAUAAUAUCUGAAGUCACUUUC